AUGAUUUAUAACUCUAAUUUGUAAUUGAAAUUUAAAAUAAUUUUAGUUGCUUUGUGUUUUUUGCCUAUUCAACCUACUGAUUAUUUUUUAUUUUAGACACUUGUGUUAAAAAGUGUUUAUAUUUCCAUUAUUGAUCAGGCAAAGGAAAUUUUGGUUGAAGAACCAAACAUCGUUUCAGUGAGAGCACCAUUAACCAUAUGUGGAGAUGUGCAUGGUUAAUUUCAUGAUUUAAUCAAGUUGUUUCACAUUGGAGGUAGAUUGCCAGACACAAAUUAUCUCUUUCUAGGAUCUCAAAGUGUUGAAACUUUUAGUCUCAUUCUUUGUCUUAAGGUUCGAUAUAAAGACAGAUUGACAGUUUUGAGGGGCAAUCAUGAAAUAGAGAAAUCAACAAAAUAUAUGGGUUUUUAUGAUGAAUGCUAACGUAAGUAUGGUACUGAAAUUGUAUGGAAACAUAUUACUGAUGUGUUUGGAUAUCUUCCCUUGGCAGCAAUUGUUGAAAACAGCUUGUUUUGCACUCAUGGUGGACUUUCUCCUGCAAUUGAAUCGGUCGAACAAAUUAAAUAAUUAAAUAGAGUUUAGGAUAUUCCUCAUGAAGGAGCCAUCUGUGAUUUAUUAUGGAGUGAUCCUGAAGAAACAAAGAUGGGAUGGGGGGUUUCGCCAAGGGGAGCAGGAUGGACUUGGGGUCAAGAUAUAACGGACAAAUUUCUGCAUUAAAAUAAACUAAAAAUGGUUGUUGGUGCUCAUCAAUUGGUGAUGGAGGGAUUUUAACAUGUGCAUCAAAGAAAGACUGUCACUAUAUUUUCAGCUCCCAACUAUUGCUAUCGAUGCGGCAACUAAGCUUGA